CUCUGUACACGUAUCUGGUUGUCAUGAAGUGCAGAGAAAAUUUGUAAGAAUAAAUUGAAGAGUUUUGCUGUAGAUUUAUUGUUUAUUAAAGGAAUACUGGAAAAUAUAAAAGCGUAAAAAUGUCGCUGUCGGAAGCCUCUUGCUAUACUAUCAUCAACGCACAGGAAACUGAGCCCUACAAUGAGAUGCAGCUGAAAAUUGAUCUUGAAAAAGGCGAGUUGAAUGUGAAAAUAGAUACGUUGAAGAGAGUCAUCCAGUUGCUUCUGAAUGGAGAACGACUCCCGAGCUUGCUGAUGACUAUCAUUCGGUUUGUUCUUCCACUGCAGAACCAUACUAUUAAAAAACUUCUGUUGAUUUAUUGGGAAAUUGUACCGAAAACAUCACCCGAUGGAAAACUGUUGCAGGAAAUGAUUCUAGUGUGUGAUGCGUACCGGAAGGACCUUCAGCAUCCGAACGAAUUUCUGAGGGGAUCGACUUUGCGAUUCUUGUGUAAGCUUAAAGAGCCGGAACUUUUGGAACCUCUAAUGCCGGCGAUUAGAGCUUGUCUCGAGCACCGUCAUUCAUAUGUGAGAAGAAAUGCUGUUCUAGCGAUAUUCACGAUCUACAAAAACUUCGAAUGGCUUGUGCCAGAUGGACCAGAAUUGAUUGCCAACUUUUUGGAUACGCAACAGGAUAUGUCGUGCAAGCGCAAUGCUUUUCUGAUGUUGCUGCACGCUGACCAAGAGAGAGCCCUGAACUAUCUGGCAUCAUGUCUGGAUCAGGUGAAUAAUUUCGGUGAUAUUCUUCAGCUGGUCAUUGUGGAACUGAUCUACAAGGUGUGUCAUGCAAACCCUGCGGAGCGAUCUCGUUUCAUUCGUUGCAUUUAUAACUUACUGAACUCAUCCUCAAAUGCGGUUCGUUAUGAAGCCGCAGGAACGUUGGUCACACUUUCCACUGCUCCUACAGCGAUCAAAGCUGCCGUUAGCUGUUACAUCGAGCUAAUCAUCAAGGAAAGUGACAAUAACGUAAAAUUAAUAGUUCUGGACCGGUUGAUUGCAUUGAAGGAGAAUGAAAACAUGGAACGAGUUAUGCAAGAGUUGGUAAUGGACAUUCUUCGUGUGUUGUCCGCUACGGACAUUGAAGUUCGUCGUAAAACACUUACCCUUGCCAUGGAACUCGUUUCCUCGAGAAACAUUGAAGAGAUGGUUUUAGUGUUGAAAAAGGAGGUUUCCAAAACUCACAAUAUCGAACAUGAAGAUACCGGCAAGUACCGUCAGUUAUUGGUUCGAACUCUACACAGCUGUUGCAUCAAGUUUUCCGAUGUGGCUGCAACUGUUAUUCCUGUGCUUGUUGAAUUUUUGUCGGAUUCAAAUGAACUGGCUGCCGCAGAUGUAUUGAUUUUUGUGCGAGAAGCGAUUCAAAAAUUCCCUCACCUUCAGGAGCUCGUCAUUGAAAAAUUGCUGGAAGCUUUUCCAGCCAUCAAAUCGUCCAAAAUUCAACGGGCUGCUCUUUGGAUUUUGGGAGAGUAUGCCACCUCGGUAAAGGACAUCAUGGACGUGAUUGCCGUCGUCAAUCAAACGUUGGGAGAGGUUCCGAUUGUCGAAGCCGAACAAAGACGCUUAGCUGGCGAUGAGAGUGAGAAUGAUGAAAAUAAGACUUCGAACGCCACUGGCGUUCCCAACAAUAAGGUCACAUCCGAUGGAACAUACGCUACGCAGAGUGCAUUUAGUGUUGCUCCUGUCUCCAAGAAGGUGGAACGCCCUCCGCUGCGUCAGUAUUUGAUGGAUGGUGAUUUCUUCAUUGGUGCAACUCUUGCCUCUACCUUGACCAAGUUGGUGCUGCGAUUCAUCGAAAUGGAACCUAACGAAAAGAAGCAGAACCGACUUUGCACUAGCGCUAUGCUGAUUAUGAGUUCGAUUCUUCAUCUGGGCAAAUCGGGUCUACCAACGAAGGCUAUAACAAAUGAUGAUACGGACAGGAUUUUCCUCUGUCUCAAAACUCUUAGCCAACGCACACCGGAUGUAGUGCAAAUCUUCAAACAAUCCUGCCGUGAGGCUUUGGCUGGCAUGUUGAAUGCUCAAAACGAAGAGGAACAACAAACCCAGAAGGAUAAGCAGAAAACGGCCGCCAAAAUUCAACCGGAUGAUCCGAUUGCUUUCACGCAGCUGGCUAACGGAAAGAACGAUCAGUUGGGUGAGAAUGUUUUCGAGUCGAGUUUGAAUCAAGCUUUGGCUGGUACCAAGAACACCAGUCUUUCUGACGUCGCUUCACCAAACAACAAGCUGAACAAAGUGACGCAGUUGACGGGAUUCUCGGAUCCGGUAUACGCCGAAGCGUACGUACAUGUCAAUCAGUAUGAUAUCGUAUUGGAUGUGCUGAUUGUUAACCAGACAAGUGAUACUCUGCAAAAUUGUACGCUGGAGUUGGCAACAGUUGGUGACUUAAAGCUGGUAGAACGUCCACAUCCGGUUGUUUUGGCUCCGCAUGAUUUCUGUAACAUCAAGGCCAAUGUUAAGGUGUCGUCUACAGAGAAUGGAAUCAUUUUCGGAAACAUUGUAUAUGACACCACUGGUGCAUCGAACGUGGUAGUGCUAAACACGAUUCACAUCGAUAUCAUGGAUUACAUCCUUCCGGCAAGCUGCACGGACACCGAGUUCCGGACCAUGUGGGUCGAGUUCGAAUGGGAAAACAAAGUAUCGGUAAAUACCACCGUUACCGAUCUGCAUGAGUAUCUGAAAAUGCUGCUCAAGUCGACCAACAUGAAAUGUCUCACACCGGAGAAAGCCCUCUCAGGACAGUGCGGAUUUAUGGCCGCCAAUAUGUACGCUAGAUCAAUUUUCGGGGAAGAUGCUCUGGCCAAUUUGAGCAUCGAGAAGCCGCUGGAUCGCCCAGAUGCACCAGUCUCUGGACACAUAAGGAUACGUGCCAAGAGUCAGGGUAUGGCUCUCAGUUUGGGCGAUAAAAUCAAUCACACCCAGAAGUGUCUACAGGAAAAAUCUGUUGCGGCUUAGGAGGACCAUACAUAUGUAUUAGCUGCUUGAUAAAUUUAUGUUUUUACUCUUUUUUGCAUCUCACUUGCAUCGUCGUUACCUAUCCCAAUUUUCAACGAUGCAAUUUGUUAGCAAGGAGCAUAGUGUAGAUUCCAUUCUUAUACAAUACGUCUAGUAUUAGAAAUAAUCUUCUGAUGACGAGAAAAAGUGAAUAUUAACUGCAACAGGUAAAUAACGACUACACACUCUCAUUUCAACAGAACAUGCAAAACGGAUAUGGAAUAUUUUUGUCGUUGAUAAUAACACAUUCUGAAAAAUCAAAAUCUAUGCAUGAAGUUAUUGUUUAACACAAACUAUUGACUAUUAAUAUAUUCCAAAACAUGCGA